AUGGGAUGUAGCACGUCCACGUGGCGAGCACCGGAGUACCAGCGUUGCGGGGACAAUUCUGCCAUGAGCUUGGACACCGCAAGAAGACUCAAUGCUGUAUAUUCCUACGCCAUCUGCAUGGAAAAAACAUUAUCCUUUAGGCGUUCAUUUCUUACCCUGAUCAUCCUCACGUUCUUCCUGCCAAACUUUACGCUCAUCCUGGUCCCUCUUCCAGCCACUCCACAGAUAAAUGCUGGUUUGAUUCCGAUUCUGGCUACUUCCUCAGUAGACAAGGGGCUGGGCAGGCUGAGGAAGUGCACUGUUUUGCAGGAGGAGAUCCAGUGCCAGGAGAUAGCUCUGCGAGGAAAGAUAAAAGGCUCCGAAAACAUCCAGGAUGGUGGCAUAGCUGUUGACAGGAAUUCAGAUUGGAUCCUGGCCUGCCUGCAGAAGAAGCACCGCCGAGCCUUCUCUGCUACUGAGGACCUGAACGGAGUCUGUACUCUGCUCACCUCCGACUUGCGCAGCUCGGCGUUCCUCAACCUCACCAAGAUGGUUGAGACCAAAUUAAAUGGCAUUCAAAGUAAAACCAGCAAAGAUGAGAUUGUGAACACCAGCAGUGCUUGUGGUGAGCUCUUUGACAGCCCAGGCAACAACCACGUGUGCAGAGCUGAAAAUAUUCCAAGUGAAACACCAGAGCACAGAAAAACUAAUGACCAUGGUGACAGCAAGCUCCCUUCCUGGAUGGACGAGGACCAAGAGGAGGAGGAGGAAAAUCACUUGCCUUCUGGAAGAGAGAUUGCUUUUAUUCUGGAUGGAUCAGGGAGCAUUGAGCCAGAGGAUUUUGAAAGAGCAAAAGCAUUCAUCCACAAGAUGAUGAAAACACUGUAUGAGAAGUGCUUUGAGUGCAAUUUUGCCGUGGUUCAGUACGGGUUUGAAAUCAGAACUGAAUUUGACCUGCGAGAAAACUGGGAUCCUCGUGCCACCCUCCAGAAAGUACUCGACAUUGUGCAGGUGUGCAAUGUGACAAAAACAGCAUCUGCCAUGCAGCAUGUCCUGGAUUCUAUCUUCACUGAAAGUCACGGGUCCCGCAAGGAUGCAGCCAAGGUCAUGAUUGUACUUACAGACGGGGAGAUACUCCUGGAUGAAAUGAACUUGACAACAGUGAUAAAUUCACCCCAAAUGGCAGGAAUCGAGCGCUACGCCAUUGGGGUGGGAGAUGCCUUCAAAAAACCGAAGGCCCUAAAGGAGUUGCGGCUAAUUGCAUCUGGUCCAGAUGACACUAACGUGUUUCAGGUGACCAAUUAUUCAGCAUUAGAAGGGCUGCUUUCAACCCUGCAGCAGAGUAUUAUUGGUAUAGAAGGUUUGCAGGGUGAUGCUCUGCAAUAUGAGCUUGCACAAGCUGGUUUCAAUGUGCAGGUCUUGGAUAAGCAAGUCUUAAUGUUUGGUGCUGUGGGGGCCUUCGACUGGUCUGGUGGAAUUCUGCUGUAUGAUCUGGCAACCAAGACCGCUGUUUUCCUGAAUGAAUCUAAAGAAGCAGCCGAAAAAGCACAAUACAGUUAUCUAGGGUACAGCGUGGCAGUGGCAUACGCGGAACACGGACCGUUGUACGUGGCUGGAGCUCCACGGCACAGCAUGACAGGGAAGGUGCUGGUGUUUCAGGAUGGCCGCUUAAAGCAAACGCUGCAAGGAGAACAGGUUGGAUCUUAUUUUGGAUCUGAGCUCUGCCCGCUUGAUGUGAACCACGAUGGGGUGACAGAUCUUCUCCUGGUUGGAGCUCCGUUUUAUCACAUUCGAGGGGAAGAAGGAAGGGUUUACGUCUAUCGCCUGGAGACAGAGACUGGUUCGUUCACUUUUAAAGAACACUUAAAGGCGCAAGUGACCUCUCCUUUUGCAAGAUUUGGGUUCAGUGUGUCCAGCAUUGGAGACAUCAAUGGGGAUGGAUACGAGGAUAUUGCAGUUGGAGCCCCCCUCGAAGAUCAGCUUUCAAACAGUUCCUCUUUUGGCAGCAUUUACAUCUUUAAUGGUGAUAAGGACAAGAUCGAGAGCUCUUUUUCUCAAAGAAUAAAAGCCUCUGAAAUUUCUUCAGGCCUCCAGUAUUUUGGACAAUCCAUUGAUGGUGGCUUUGAUUUCACUAAUGAUGGUCUCCAAGAUAUUACAGUGGGAGCUCUGGAGAACGUGAUUGUGCUCCGCUCGAGACCAGUUGUCCGCGUGCUCACCAGCAUGAGAUUCAAUCCUGAGAGAAUCCCAGUUUUCCAAAAUCACAGCAUUGUUACAGCAAAACUGUGUUUCGAUACAAUCUCAGCUUUACCAGUGCCUCAACAAGUGUUUUCACAGUCAUAUGUUCUCUACACGGUGGACUUAGAUGUGAAAAUGCCGAAGACGAGGGUACAGUUUGAAGAUCAGAACACCACGAGGAGCGGAAAGCUGUCGGUGAGCACGCGUGUGUGCUCCGAGCUGCAGCUUUAUGCGCUGCCAUGUGAUCUUGACUGUUUUUCCAGUGUUUUUCUGAGAGUUAAACACAAGCUCUAUGAGAAAAAUUCUAACACGGAGUUUGCUGUUCCCGUGCUGGACAGAGACCAGCCAUCAGAAACAUAUUUUCAGUUGCCGUACAAGAACUGCAACAAGACCAUCUGUACUGCUCAUUUGACUUUGACAAGUCAGAUUCAAAAGGAAAUAGUGGUGGGCCACACUAAAGAAGUGAUCAUGAGAGUUUCACUAACGAACAGCGGAGAUGACUCGUCCAUGACAACCAUGGUCUUGAACUAUCCUAAAAACCUACGUUUUAAGAAGGUGACUGUUGAGCCAUCCUCUCCUGCUAUUCACUGUGGCCAACCAAUACCAUUAACUUCUGUAGUCUCAUCCUGUAACUGCAGAAUUGGGCACCCAGUAUUCAAGAAGACAACUGCAAAAUUUUCUGUGAUUUGGCAGUUAGACGAAGGCAUAUUUGAAAAUAAGUCUGCAAUCACCGUUAAUAUCACCAACCUAAAUGAAAAUAGCACCGUUCUGACCGAGGAACAUGUCCUUGAUGUCAGAUACGCAGUCGCUGCAGUCCUUACCACACCAGUUUCUUUAAUGUACAUGAAUGUUAGCAAAGGACUUACUGAAAACAAAGAAUUCAGAUUCAGCGUAAAUGGAGAAAAUCGCUUUAAUGCUACCAUCAAUUUACAGAUUUGGGUUCCUAUCAGUAUAGAUGGUCACACCAUAAUCACAGUCAAAAAUGCAUCAGGAACACAGCAACUCUGUUCUCUUGAACCACCACCCCUCAAAGAAAAAGGUACAUAUGGAAAACCUUAA